CAGUGGAGUGGGGAGACAACGGCGGGGCCGGGAGUUGUGGGAGGCAGAGUUUCUGAGGUUGUGCGGUGCUCUGUGAGGAGAAACCCACACACGCCAGUCCUGGGGUCACUCCGCCUUUCUCUUGUGUUCGCGCGGGACCCGGUGCUCUCUCUCUGUCUACACUCAAGUGACACAAAAUGCCCUUCAAUGGUGAGAAGCAGUAUGUAGGUGAGGACCAGCCCAGCGAUUCAGACUCUUCACGGUUUUCUGAAAGCAUGGCUUCAUUCAGUGACUAUGAGUGCUCCAGGCAGAGCUUCACAAGCGAUUCCUCCAGCAAAUCCAGCUCUCCUGCCUCAACGAGCCCUCCCAGGGUUGUAACAUUUGAUGAAGUGAUGGCUGCAGCAAGAAACCUAUCAAACAUGACUCUUGCUCAUGAAAUUGCUGUAAAUGAGAAUUUCCAAUUGAAACAAGAUGCUCUCUCAGAGAACAGCUUGGCUGGUCGAGUGAAGCACAUUGUUCAUCAGGCCUUCUGGGAUGUCUUGGAAUCAGAUCUCAAUGCUGAGCCUCCUGAGUAUGAAUAUGCUAUCAAAUUGUUUGAAGAAAUCAGAGAGAUUCUUCUCUCUUUUCUGACUCCUGGUGGGAACCGGCUUCGCAACCAGAUCUGUGAAGUUUUGGACAUAGAUCUCAUUAGGCAGCAGGCUGAGCAUAACGCUGUGGACAUCCAAGGCCUGGCCAACUAUGUCAUCAGUACGAUGGGAAAAAUAUGUGCUCCUGUGCGAGAUGACAGUAUCAGAGAGUUAAAGGCUACUGGUAACAUUGUAGAAGUGCUGAGACAAAUAUUCCAUGUCCUGGACCUCAUGAAAAUGGACAUGGCCAAUUUUACAAUUAUGAGUCUUAGACCACACCUUCAACGUCAGUUGGUAGACUAUGAGAGAACCAAGUUCCAGGAAAUUUUAGAAGAAACUCCAAAUGCUCUUGAUCAAACUACAGAAUGGAUAAAAGAAUCUGUAAAUGAAGAAUUACUUUCUGUUUGUGAGACUUCUACAACUUCCGGGGCUGAAAAUAGCUCCAUGCCAAGCCUGAGCCCUACAUUGGUGCUAAAUAACAGUUACUUGAAACUAUUACAGUGGGAUUAUCAGAAAAAAGACUUGCCAGAGACACUCAUGACAGAUGGAACACGACUUCAGGAACUGACAGAAAAGCUGAAUCAAUUGAAAAUUAUUGCCUGCCUGUCCCUAAUUACCAACAACAUGGUGGGUGCUAUUACAGAAGGCCUGCCUGAGCUUGCAAACAGGUUAAAAAGGAUUUCAGCUGUUCUACUUGAAGGCAUGAAUAAAGAGACCUUUAACUUGAAGGAAGUCCUGAAUUCUAUUGGUGCUCAGACUUGUGUUGAGAUUAACAAGACCCUGAAAGAGAGAGGUUUACCUACUGUAAAUGCUGAGGUUCAAGCUAAUCUUGUAGGUCAAUUCUCAAGCAUUGAAGAGAAAGACAAUCCUGUCCGGUCCUUGAUUGAUAAACGAAUCCAGCUGUACAUGAAAAACCUACUUUGUCUUCCAAGCCCUCAAAAGUGUAUGCCUCCCAUGCCAGGAGGCCUUGCUCUCAUUCAGCAGGAGCUAGAAGUGCUAGGCACACAAUAUGCAAACAUGGUGAAUCUCAACAAACAAGUGUAUGGACCAUUUUAUGCAAAUAUACUUCGUAAGCUGCUGUUCGGGGAGGAAGUCAUGGGGAAGGCAGAUGCUUCACCUCCAUCUAACUAAAAAGGAACUGACAUUGGAGAAGAGAUGGGAAAUCCGGCACUUUGGGAUAAAGGCUAAAGAGGCAUUGAAUCUUUGAAACAGGAGAAAGUCACGAACAAAUUUAUGUGUUGGAAAGAUUGUCCUGACAAAGAGCUCUUGUUGGUGCUAGAAUAUUCUGGUGUGUUUUGUGUAUGCACACAUGCACUCACACAGAAACGCGAUACAAGCAAUAAAAACUGACUGAAUAACUAAAGCAGUGAAGGAGUUUGUUGGAUAGUUAUGGAGUUCCUCUCAAUCUACUUAAUCAGAGGAAUCAGGCAAUGGAAAAUGGGUGGGAAUGAAGGGAUCCAAUCAUGCUGAGAUUGAUUUUUCAGGUGUCCUUGCUUCUUUGCCUCAUUUGCUUAAGAUCUGAAGUCCCAGAUACCAACAUUCACUUGAGAAAGUCUGUAUCAAAUGUCUAGGAUGUAAUUUAUAGGAGAUGGAAUGGGGAAGUGGUUGACCCUUCGGAUCCUGGGGUCCCACUAAAGUCAUCCUACUUGGGAUUUUUCUCAAAUAGGAAGGGUAUGCUUAGAAGCAGAAAGCAAAAAAGAUAGCCACUAUAACAGAUGUUCAUGAAGUCUUUAAAAUUUGUGAGAAAUGUUUAAGAAGGCCACCCAACACAGCAGUGCUGCUGAGAAUAAUACAAAAGAUGGUAUGAGGAAGGAUGUAGUUACAUGAAGACAACCUUCAUUAGAGUGUGCAGAUGAAUUGCUGAAUGAGUAGCUCUCAAGUCUCAGUGGCCUUGGGAUAAGCUCAUUUCUGAAAGCAUAGUUCAAAGUAGAGGGGGAGAGUAAGAUGGGAGUGAGCUUACUUCAUUCAGCAGCCAUCCAGGGACCCAACUUCCAUCUAUCCUGUAACUCUGCUUGCCUAGAUCUUCAGAAUCCCCUCCAUUUACUCAGCAGAUGGUGAAAGAAAAGGAUCAGCCACUUCCCCUCAGAAUUCAAUCAUGUGCCCUCAUCUGAUGGCAAGGGAGGAUGGCGGUGUCCACCUCAUACCCUUCAAGCUUCCUUAAAUAAGUCCCAGAGAACUUUCUCUUCAUGAAAAUAGGUUGAACAUUCUGUGCCUAUGAUCUUUCGAGAUCAUGUUGAGAGAAUUUUGAAGCCAGAUCCAGGGCACUCCAUGAAGAGUUCUGUGGUUGUUUGGUCAAGCCUGCCAUGGGCAUGGAGAGUCACCUUUGCACAACAUAUUUUUACUUCUCACUUCAUCUUUUAAGUUCAGCCUCUUCUCCCUCUGAGAAUGUUAGAUUCUAAAAUUGUCCACUCAUUGUUUAGUAAUAAUAGCAUGGGACUGAGAAUCACAGAUCUGAGUUUGAAUUCACUCCUAUUAUUUCAUAGCAGUAUGAACUCAAGCUGGUCUUUCAGUGUCCUUGAGCCUGUUUUCUAACCUACUUAUCAGGCUACCUGCCUACCUCACAGAGAUAUUGUGAGAAUCAAGUGAGAUAUAUUUGAAAUUAUCUGCAAACUAAAGCAUAAUGUACCCAGAAUGCAUUAUAAUAACUGUAAUUUAUGGGUCAGUAUCUUUCAAGCUUCAAGGGGUUUUACUGUUUUGAGAUGUGAUGAUUAAGUGCUUAACUACAUAAGAACAAAAAUUGUCAUAUCUCAUCAGAACCAUGGUUCAUUAAACCUAAUAUUGUCAUUGGCAGAGAAGCUCAAAUGUAUGUACAAGGUUGUGGUGGUUGUCCUUGAUGUCAACUUCAAAGGAUAGUGACAAAACACAACAUGUUCUAAAUCAAUUAUAACUUUAAUCCUGCAUGACUUAAUCUGACCUUUCAAAAAUUUAUAAUUGCCUUGUGCCCUCUUGAUGUUUUUUUUGAAGCAAAGCUGUAGUUUUUCAUUCCUAAGCUUACUAUGUUAGUCUUUUUUCUGACUUCACAGGGAAGGUACAUAGGGACUUACUGUAAAGCUUUAUGAAGAAGAAAGGAAACCAGAAGUCUGUCUCAGCAGCCUCAUUUGCAGGUGCCCUAGAGCAGUUGAAUAUAAUUUUUUCUCUUUUAGAAUGUAAUAAUAGCCACCAAGCACUUGUUAUGUGGUAGGGUCUACUCUAAGCACUUCAUUUACAUUAUUUCAUUUAACUGCUAGGCAGACCCUAUUACUUCCAUGUGUAUAAAAGAGACUCAGGCUCAGGAACUUCCCCAAGGUGGUAGAGCUGCUAAGUGUGUAUGAACCCAAGGAAGGAGUCUAACCCUCUUAAGUACUUGCUGUAUCAGUUCCUUAGAUCACUCAGUCAAAAACA